AAAUAUUAUUUUUUUGUACUUAUGGCUAAUCGUCGUGGAACCACGAGCAAAAAAUCUAGUGAAAUGGGAUCCAAUACUAUUAAUAAUAGUAACUUUUGGGAUAUUGAUAAUUAUCAAAGGUGUGUUAAAAGAAUUGGAGAAUCUAGUGCCUUAUGUGACGAUCUUGUCAAGAUGUUUAAUGAAAGAAUAGAAAUUGAAGCAAAAUAUGGAAAAAAACUAGACGAUUGGCAUGAAAAGUGGUCUAAAGCAUUAGAAAACUCAUGCAUGUAUGCUACCACAAAAGUAGCUGCUUUAGGAACUAUUAAAGAAGCACAAGAUAGAGCUAAAGUUCAUAUGGAUUGCUGUAUGAAAAUGCAAAACCAAGUUAUAGAAACAAUUAAAAGAUGGAAAGAAUCAAAUUAUCAUCAUAAAAUAUUUGGACUCAAAGAAGCAAAAGAAUACGAACAAGAGUUUGCAAAAGCUCAAAAACAAUGGGCAAACGCAUACAAUAAAAUUCAAAAAGCAAAAGGCAAUUAUCAUAGUGCUUGCAAAAACCGUGAGGCAUGUGCAUCAUUGUUGAAUAAUGCUAAACAAGAUACAGAAACACUACCAGAAAAGAUAAAGAAACUUGAAGAUUCGUUACGAAAGUCUGAAAAUUCUGUAUCCACAAUGCAGCAAAAAUAUGAUGAAAAAUUGAAAAGAAUAUCUCCUUUAAACAUUACAUAUGAAUCUGAUAUGCAACAAGUUUAUAAUAAAUGGGCAAAAGAUGAAGAAAAAAGACUAGAUUUUCUGCAAAGAACUCUUAUUGAUUUUCAUAAAUGUGUCAAUAUUUAUGCUGAUCCAAGACUUAAAGAGUUGUUUGACAACCAAAUAAAUGCUGCUUAUAAUGCUAAAAUUCAAUAUGACGUUAACUGGUGGUCAGAAAAUUUUGGUGCUGGAAUGCCAAAAUAUUGGCCAAAAUUUGAGGGAUAUUCACCGCUUGAAUGGCAUCAUUGGAACCUUUGUCACUUAGCUAGAAAUCAGUCUAAACAGUUGAGGAGAUAUACAACUAGGCCUAGACCUUAUGAGCUUAAAAGCAGGAUAAAUGUCUUGGAACCUGGAGAAUCAGUGAUUGAACCUCAUCAAAUUGCACCUGUUGAAUCAUCUAGCAAUCUUCAUUCCAACUCUAUUAAUCAGAGAAAUGGAGUUAAGUCUCAACAACAGGUUGUUAGCAAUACUGUAUCUAACUUGGCAAGUAAUCCCUUUGUAAAUGGCGAACGAGAUGCAGGAGAUGAUGAUGAUGAUGAUGAUGAGUGGGAUGCUCCUCUGCCAGAAUUGAUUCCUGGAGGUGGUAUUCGCGUACGUGCAAUAUAUGACUAUACAAGGGUGGAAGAUGAUGAGUUAUCUUUUAAAGCUGGUGAUGUACUGAUUAAGCUUACAGAAGAAGAUGCACAGGGUUGGUGCCGAGGAAGUUUUAACGGACAGGAAGGAUUAUAUCCUGCUAAUUAUGUUGGGGCAAUAUAAAAAUUAAAUAUCCAGUAUUUUGUAUAUAAAUUUUACUAUAUAUAUAUAU